CUGCUUUUUCCUCUGCAGGCUCCAGGACCUGGCGCAGCAUCAUGACUGGGGAAGUGUAGCUGAGUCAAGACUCUCCCCUAGAAGAGGAAGGACCAGUGGACGGUUCUCGGCUCUUGCCUGAGGGCUCCUGAGUUUUCCUCUGCCCCUCUUCUGCCUUCUCUGGCUACUGGACUGGGGCCAGGCUUCCAGCAGGACCUUCUCCCAAGGGAUGGGCAUCUGCUGAAGGACGUCUCAUUGUCAGGCUUAGCUGGCCACACCAUGAACCUCCAGGCCCAGUCCAAGGCUCAGAAUAAGCGCAAGCGUUGUCCUUAUGGGGACCAGGAGCCAGCUGCCAAGGAACAGCCACCACCACUGCAGGCUCCACCACAGUCCCUCAGAGCUAAAGAGGAACAGUACGGGCCCCACGAAGGUCCCGCGGGGGUCGCCUCCACCACCCAGCCUGUGGAGCUAUCUCCUCCCAACAACCUGGCUCUGCUGAACAGCGUGGUAUAUGGAUCUGAGCGGACCACAGCAGCCAUGCUGUCCCAGCAGGCCCAGGUCAGCUCAGUAAAGUGGCCCAACUCUGUGAUGGCUCCAGGGCGGGGCCUCGAGUGUGGGGGAGGUGCAGGCAUCAGCGACAGUGGCUGGCAGCAACAACCUGGCCAGCCCCCACCCCACUCCACGUGGAAUCACCUGCCCCUCUACAGUGGACCCAAAGGGGGCCCUCAUCCAGGUGUGGGGGUCUCUCCCUACUAUAACCACGCCGAGGCACUGAAGGGGAACAAACCUGGGGGUCCACAGCUGGACCACUAUGGAAACGCAGUGCAGCCCAUGGUGCCACAGAAGAUGCAGCUGGAGGUGGGGAGACCCCAAGCGCCCUUGAACUCUUAUCAUUCAGCCAAGAAACCCCCAAACCAGACACUGCCCUUGCAACCCUUCCAGCUGGCUUUUGGCCACCAGGUGAACCGCCAGGUCUUCCGGCAGGGCCCUCAGCCCUCUAACCCCACCACCUCCUUCCCGCCCCAGAAGCAGCAGCAGCAGCAACAGCAGCCGCCGGCAGCCCUGCCCCACAUGCAGCUAUUUGAGAACUACUACCCCAUGCAUCAGCCGCCUUCACAGCAGCACCAGGACUUUACCCUGGCACCGGGCGGGCCCCUGGGACAGACUCACCUGCCUCACCGCGGCAUGGCCCCCUACCCGUUCCCCCACAACCCAGAACUGCGCAAGGCCCUCCUGCAGGACCCUGCUUCACAGCCCGUGCUACCUCAGCCCCAGAUGGCCUUCCCGCGCCGCUCCCGCCGUCUCUCCAAGGAGGGGAUUCUGCCUUCCAACUCCCUCGAUGGAGCUGGCACCCAACCUGGACAGGAGCCCACGAGCAAUCUGUUCCUCCAUCACUGGUCUCUGCAGCAGCCGCCGCCAGGCGCCCUGGGGCAGCCCCAUUCCGAAGCCCUGGGAUUCCCGUUAGAACUCCGGGAGUCGCAGCUGCUGGUGGAUGGGGACAGACUGGCACCCAAUGGCCGAGAGCGGGAGGCUCCCGCCGUGGGUACUGAGGAGGUCUCGAGGGCAGGGGGCCUCGGGGACUGUGGGCAGAUGAUUCGAAGCGGGGUGAUCCAGAGCACAAGGCGGAGACGCAGGGCGUCCCAGGAAGCUAAUUUGCUGACCCUGGCCCAGAAAGCGGUGGAGCUGGCCUCUCUGCAGGAUGCCAAUGGCUCUGAGGAGAAGCGGAAAAGCGUGCUGGCCUCAACUGCCAAGUGUGGUGUGGAGUUUUCUGAGCCCGCCUCAGCCGCCAAGAGAGCUCGGGAGGAGAGUGGAAUGGUGCCCCUCAUCAUCCCCGUGUCUGUUCCUGUGAGGACCGUGGGUCCCACCGAGGUGGCCCAAGUUGGAGGUUCUGAUGAGGAUGGGAAGGGUCUUGAGCAGUUCCCCACCGAGCACAAGCCGUCGGUCAUCGUAACCCGCAGGAGGUCCACCCGAGUGCCCGGGACAGAUACUGCAGCUCAGGCCGAAGACCUGAACGCCAAGUUGGAGGGGGAACCUUCCAUGCGGAAACCAAAGCAGCGGCCGCGGCCGGAGCCUCUCAUCAUCCCCACCAAGGCGGGCACUUUCAUUGCCCCUCCUGUCUACUCCAACAUCACCCCCUACCAGAGCCACCUGCGUUCUCCUGUGCGCCUUGCGGACCACCCCUCUGAGAGGAGCUUCGAGCUGCCCCCUUACACACCGCCCCCCAUUCUCAGCCCCGUUCGGGAAGGCUCUGGCCUCUACUUCAAUGCCAUCCUGUCAACCAGCAACGUCCCGGCCCCUCCUCCUAUCACGCCAAAGAGUGCCCAUCGGACCCUGCUCCGCUCUAAUAGUUCUGAAGUCACCCCGCCCGUCCUCUCUGUGAUGGGGGAGGCCACCCCUGUGAGCAUCGAACCACGAAUCAACGUCGGCACCCGGUUCCAAGCAGAAAUCCCCACAAUGAGAGACAGAUCCCUGGCAGCCGCAGACCCCCAUAAGGCUGACUUGGUGUGGCAGCCUUGGGAACAUCUUGAGAGCAGCUGGGAGAAGCAGAGGCAAGUGGAUGACCUGCUGACGGCCGCCUGUUCAAGUAUUUUCCCUGGUGCCGGCACCAACCAGGAACUGGCCCUGCACUAUCUGCAUGAGUCCCGGGGGGACAUCCUGGAGGCGCUGAAUAAGCUGCUGCUGAAGAAGCCCCUGCGGCCCCACAAUCACCCACUGGCUACCUAUCACUACACAGGCUCUGACGAGUGGAAGAUGGCUGAGAGGAAGCUGUUCAACAAGGGCAUUGCCAUCUAUAAGAAAGAUUUCUUCCUGGUGCAGAAACUGAUCCAGACCAAGACUGUGGCUCAGUGUGUGGAGUUCUACUACACCUACAAGAAACAGGUGAAAAUUGGCCGCAACGGGACGCUCACCUUUGGUGACCUGGAUACCGGUGCUGAGAAGUCCGGCCAAGAGGAAGUCGAGGUGGACGUUAAGACUUCUCAGAAGUUCCCAAGGGUGCUUCCUCCCAGAAGAGAGUCCCCAAGUGAAGAGAGGCUGGAACCCAAGAGGGAAAUGAAAGAACCCAAGAAGGAGGGGGAGGAGGAGGUACCAGACACCCAGGAAAAGGGAGAGCAGGAGGAGGGGCGAGAGCGCAGCCGGCGGGCCGCGGCUGUCAAAGCUACACAGACACUACAGCCCACUGAGGCGGCCAAUGAUGUCCUCAUUCUCCGGAGCCACGAACCCAAUGCCCCGGGGUCUGCCGGUGUCCAGACCUCAGAGAAGCCAAGGGAAGGGCCGGGGAAGUCACGAAGGGCUCUGCCUUUCACAGAGAAGAAGAAAAAACCGGAGGCAUUUAAUAAAACCCAAAACCAGGAGAACACUUUCCCUUGUAAAAAGUGUGGCAGGGUGUUUUAUAAGGUGAAGAGCCGCAGUGCUCACAUGAAGAGUCACGCAGAGCAGGAGAAGAAGGCUGCAGCUCUAAGACUGAAGGAGAAGGAGGCUGCAGCCGCCGCCGCGCACCAGCAGGCGCUGAAAGAAGAGAGCGGCGAAGGCGAGAAGGGCUGAGGCCCUGCUGGAUCCUCUUGCCGGGCUCCCCAGAACUCUGUACCUGGAACCUCUAGAGAAGGCCAGGAGAGGAUCACUUGGACUUUGCUUUGCAAAACAAAUCAAAUAAUGAAAAAUAAACAGGCUCUUUUAUUUACGAAG